GCGUAACGAUCCCAUUGAAAGAGGCACACUCACCGCCCUGUUUGAGAAAUAUUUCCCCAACCUUAUGACGAGACAGCGUGCAUUUCGACGUACGACGCCUAUCAGCGAAAUGGCUAUGAUACAAAUGACUUGCCAUCUGCUCGAGAGUUUGCUGCACGCGCUCAAACGGGUGAAUAGAAUCGAAGAAAACGCCAUUGAUACCCACAGCCUUGUGAACCCCAGUGAAACUGCAAAAGAUGCCCUGAACUUAUCUAUCGAAUUGAUAUUCAUCUAUGCAACAAUGUGGGGGUUCGGUGCAGCGCUGCAUCAAGAUCACAUUAUUGACUGGCGACGUGAAUUUCACAAAUGGUGGACAAGCGAAUUCAAGGACGUCAAGCUGCCUGCCCAAGAUUCUAUUUUUGAUUACCAACUGGAUUUGCGCACAAAUAAAUUUCAACGCUGGUCGGAGUUGGCGUUGGUGCAAAAAAUUGAGCCGAUAGAUACUGAAGUACCAAUACAG